CCGGGAGCACGAGAGAGUUGACAGAGACCGUGAGAGAAGGGACAUGGAACCUUCUCAUGAUGGCGGGGAAUGGAGGGCGUAUCGAUCCCCCACAUGUUUUGCCUGUCAAGAGAGAGGGCACUACGCCAACCAGUGUCCUAACCGGAGUAGGCGCUACUCGAGUGCGAGACCAUCAACGUCUUUCGAUUCCAGGCGAUCUCAUUCUCCAAGGCGACACGAUGUUGAUAGACGGGAUCCUUCUCCUCAACUGGAUCCGGUGAUCCGGAAUACGAUUGCCAAACUCGGCAAGAGCGUGGCGGUCAUGGAAGAGCAUUAUACUGCGGAACGGGAGAAAAAGGAAGUCAAGAAGAAGAAGAAGUUGGAGCGAGAGGAGGCGGAACGUCGAGCGGAGGAGGAGAGGGCCCGGUUGGAGGAGCAACGUACUAAAGCGAAGAACAAGGCGUUGAAGAAGAAACAGGAGAAGCAAAAAGCCGACGAGACGCGGGCUGAAAUGCAGAAAGACAUGCAGAUCCAGCUAGCGAUACAGAAACGAAAACGUGGACCAGAACCGGUCUUCGUGGAAGCCAGCCCACCUAUGGAGUUGUCGGCCAAGAGGACACCCAAGCGGGGUACCAUUAAACCAGUCAAACUUACCGGUCGUUUGACCAGGUCAAAGACCAAGAAAGCUGGAGGAGGGCUUACUCCUACUUCGGCCAAGAAGAAGAUCGCUACGCCUUUGUCCAAACGAAGAACUCCAACACGUAAGCAGACACCGGCUAUGACGCCCACCUCGAAGUCCUCUAUGGAGCGCUUGCGUUUUCUCGACAAUAUCCUGCGGGAACUGAAGGACUUGGACGCUACCGAAUUGCAGCGUAUCUGUCGCGAUGAAGGCAUCCAUUACGACAAGAAGGUCGAUGCUAUAUUUGAUAUAGCAGAUCACCGUACCGAGGUAGCAUUCUCCAGCGCUCCGGCAGUUACCGAGGAGGUCAUCCACAUAGCUGACUCGGAGGAUACGGCCGUGGACCAAAAGGAACGACCUGCUGAUGACGUGUGAAGAGCGCUCACUAUACCACAGUUAUGGAAGGUUUGCCGGUUUCUUACUCACUUACGA